CUGUCCAUCUGAUAGGAAUAAAUAUGCACCACAUAUUUGCAAAUGCGCGAUGCCUUUUUUUCUUUAUUAGGUUUCUGCAAAUCAUGCUUCUUUCCUUUCUUGAAGUUCAUAAGCCGUUUCAAGAGUUUAGCGCUGGUGGUAGCUCUCAAGCUCUGAAGAGAUACUAGCAAGAAGAAGGAGAAGAAGAUCUGUGCAACUGAAUUUAGAGGUACUAGUUCUUGUGCAAUCUUGAGAGAUCUCUGAGAGAAAACUGUCUUGAUCUCAUAUUUCAUUCAAAAGAGCGAAGUAGCAGAUCUUGAUUUCUAGAUGACUAAUCAAUCUCUCUGCGUUCACAAGAGCGAUGAUGCAAGUCUUAUGAUGAUAAGGUAUUCACAAGAAAAAGAGCUUCCAGCUAAACAAGGUAGUGCUAGUGAUGACAAAGCCCCAACCAGUACAAGACCAUGGUCAGGACUAAAGGAUUCAAGAAUAGUACGAGUUUCCCGGGCAUUUGGGGGAAAAGAUCGCCAUAGCAAAGUAAGCACUGUUAGAGGAUUGAGGGAUAGAAGAGUGAGGCUAUCAGUCCCAACAGCAAUUCAAUUGUAUGACCUUCAAGAUAGGUUGGGGCUUAACCAACCUAGCAAAGUCAUCGAUUGGCUGCUCAGUGCUGCUCAUCAUGAAAUCGAUAAGCUUCCUCCACUCCAAAUGCCACCAGGAAAUUUCAUUCAAUUCCCUCAAUCAUUGCAGAUCUCUCAUGAAGCAACUCCGCAGCAGGCCUCCUCUUCAUGUGUAGAAAAUCUCGAGUUCACAACUGUAAAUGGAGCUCGGCCUUUAACUUUAUUCUCUAGUAGGGAAAAUCAGGAGGUUUUUGGUAAUGAAGUUGUCAUUGAAAACCUUGCAGCAUUGUCUGAAUCUAAUUAUUGGCUUUCAGAAGUUCCACAAAAAGCCAAACAAAGGGAAGCACCGAUCGAAUCCAGCAUCAAGAAAGGCAACAACAUUAGAGGUAAGGGAACUGAAGAUGCUAUUGGCAUACAUUUUGCACAAGUUUCAGCUAAUGACCCUCUCUCUAGACCUCAUCAUUCUUCACUGGGCUUGCUAAGUAGUGCCAUGCCAUACACUUCCUACUAUCAGCGGGAGCCUACAAAUUCUUAUGUAUCCAAUCUAGGAAUUCAUUCAACUCCGGCGGAAGGCCCCCCAACCUCGAAUCCAUCAUUGUUGUCUUUGACACCUCCUUCUCAGCUUGUAUUUUGUCCACAUGGAGCGAUGCCAUCAGUGUUUGACUUUGAUACAAAACAGUUCAGUUAUCUUCAAGCGGUCAGCUCAGCUUCACAGAAUACUCCAUUGAAUCCAACGAGGACUUCCCAGCUGCGAGACCUUUCCAGUCAAAGAUAGCUUUCAAGCGUAACCCCUCUGAAAGCCAAAAUGGGAGCCAGCUUAUAGUUAGAAAGAGAGCAGGCAGAGAGCUGCUAAUGGAUCAAAUAUAAUUGCGCCUUUUCCGUGUGAAGAAUUUGAUUGGAAAGACGCAGUGAGUACGAGUCCUCUCAAUUGCCAAAGUUUGUAAGUGUUGUAAUGUGUUCCGUAUACUCCAUUUCAUGGUUUCUCAUGAUAUAACGGGGUGAUGAAUUUGCUUGCAUAGAAAAUCUGUUCUCUAUUACAGUAGUAUCAUUUCUUUUACUCGGAGGUGUCAGGUGUGUAUGUGGACACUCUUCAGUGAAAGCACAUGUUUAUUCCCCUCCAUAUGCAUAAUUAAUUUUUCAAUAUUGUUGGA